GUCAUGAAAUAUUCACUCGCCAUCAUUCAAAUGAUUUGGUGUGGUGCGUAACGAAUCGAUAGUUUUAAUUUUUAGAAUAAGCUCGAACGCUUUUAAUUUUUACGACUAAACCAGACCGUGAGCCUCACGUAGCUGCAGUACAAACCAAGUGCAAAAUUAAAAAUAUUUUAGUGAAUCAAAACAUUACAUAAUGCCGCUGUUGCGCCUCACCACUGGUACUUUUGGGCAGCUACGCACAUUUGCUACGUCACCAGCCCUUGGCAAGCGGGUGAAGACCUUCGCAGUAUACAGAUGGAACCCCGAUGAACCCGAUAAGAAACCGUAUACACAGAAUUUCGAAGUGGAUUUAGACGACUGCGCGCCAAUGGUUUUAGACGCUUUGCUGAAGAUUAAAAAUGAGAUGGACCCGACCCUGACGUUCAGACGAUCGUGCCGCGAAGGCGUGUGCGGCUCCUGCGCCAUGAACAUCGACGGUGUCAACACACUCGCUUGCAUUAGUCACAUAGACCAGAACCUUUCGAAGCCGUCGAAAAUCUACCCGUUACCCCACAUGUACGUAGUUAAAGACUUAGUGCCUGACCUCAGCAACUUUUACCGACAGUACCAGUCGAUCGAGCCUUGGCUGCAGCGCGAGAAGGAGGCUGUUAAAGGUAAGGAGACGCAGUUGCUCCAGGAUGUAGAGGAUCGCGCUAAGCUGGACGGUCUCUAUGAAUGCGUCUUGUGCGCGUGUUGCUCCACCAGCUGUCCAUCCUACUGGUGGAACGGUGACAAGUACCUCGGUCCCGCCGUCCUCAUGCAAGCUUACAGAUGGAUAAUUGACUCUCGUGACGAGGCAACGGAGAAGCGUCUCUCGAAGCUCAAAGACACAUACUCUGUCUACCGUUGCCACACAAUCAUGAACUGCACACGUACUUGCCCUAAGGGCCUGAACCCUGGCAGAGCAAUUGCUCAGAUCAAGACUCUGCUAUCAGGCUUGGUUAAGAAACAGGCACCAAUCAUGGACCCCGCUGGUUUACAGAAGCAGACGGCGAGUAAUUAAGGAUGACAUGGCCAGCUUGUAACCGGCUGCUUUCAAUGGCAUUCUUACGAACUGUUAAUUGCUGUUGUAAUUUGUGUGCUGUCUAAUAUUGUGCAACUGCAACUGGUUUUACUAAGCCUUGCCACAGUCAGUUGCCUUCGUGAUGUAACAUUUUUAAUUAUUUAAAAUUGGAACCACUUUUUAUAAGUGGGUGUCUUUGCCUUGCUAGAAAUAAUACUUACAUGAGCAGAUGAGUUUCUAUAAAAUUUUAAUGAUCCUAGAAUAUUUUGAGUUUGUAAAUUAUUAUAACAAUUUUGGAUGGCAGUAAGACUUCUGCCUAAGGCAUUUUGGUAUACAGGCUUUUAAUACUAAUUUUAUAAAUGUACAAACUUAUUAUUAUUUUUUAAGACACAGUUGUGAUAUUAAUACAAUAAUUACAACAGCAAUUAAGCAUUACAUUAUAACAUUAAAUGCAUAUUUCAUUAAGGUUCCUGCGAGGUUAGCCUCAUAAUCUCUCACAAAGAACCAUAGUUCAACUGUAGAAUAAAAUCAUGGAUAUUGUUCUCUAGUAUAGUAUAGUUGUAAGGAACAGUGAAAACACAAAAACGGCAUACUAGCUGAAGUAUUAAUUUGAGAUUUAUAGUAAAACUGACAUUUUAUGAGGCUUUAAAUUAACAUUUUAAUUUGAUUGCCGAUUUAUUUGUAAACUCUAAUUAUUUUAAUGCCUGUCACUUAUGCAUGCUUAAGACAAUGUACUACUAAAGAUACCCGCUUAGUACAGCUAUGUUGACAAUAUUCAUCAUGAAAAUCUGACCAUAUUUUUGAUGCCUUAAAUUAUGACGUUUUUGGACAUUUAUAAUUCAAUUGGACGAAGUUAUAUCAAAAUGAUUUAACUUGGUCUAUUCUCAUAAUGGUCACAAAAGCCCACUCGAUAUCGCAAUUUGCCAUUCUCGGCUUAAUGUGCUUACAGAGCUAAAGAGGUUAGAUAUAAUAAUUUUAAAUGGCAAGCGCUGAGAGAAAAAUACUUUUAUUCGUUUUUAAAGGUUUUCUACAUGCAAACCUAUAAAGACACUCAUAGGCUUAAAACAUGUAACUAGACUUUUACAAUAUUUCAUGUUAACUUUAAAUAUUUGGCUUAAUAUUGCAUGCAGAAGCAACAUUAUCCAUUGCUCAACUGAUGCAACUCCUGUUAAUAUAGUGGCCAAUUUAUAUGAAGUUGACAAUUUUUGGACAAUUUACAAAUAAGUAAAAAAUAUUACUAGACACUUUUAGAUGCAGUUUUUUCAUUGUUGAUAACUUCGUUCAACUUAAUGUAUUUCAAUUACUUUUAGACAAUGUAUUUAAUGUACGUAAUGAUAUAUUAAAGUAUUAUUUGAAUGAAGUAUUGUAAUUUAAAUCGUUUUAAAUUAUUCUUUUCGUGACAUAUUUAUUAUCAUCUCACCCGACGAUACCGGAGCCAUUGAAAUGUGUUAUGUAUAGUUGUUGAAUAAAUAUUAUUUAUUAUA